AGAGUAUCCAGAAAAUCUGAGCUGAGACCACGGAGUACUCCGUGUUGUAUAUCUUACUUCGUGAUACCUUCAUAACUCGACGUAUUUGAUAAUAAUCAACAUAAUAAUAAUAAAAUCAAAACUUAAAAUCCACUAAAAUUGUGAUCAGUAAGAUAAUAAACAACAAGACAGAUAAUAUCUGUCAAGAUACAAACUGACCUAUGAAAUUGCAGUGGAAAUAUUGUUUAGAGAAAAUAAGUGACGCGAAAUUGAUUGACGAGGAAAAGAGACAGACAAUGGUGAAAUCGUGCAAGGUAGCGUAAACUUCGUAUCCCGCAUGAAAACAAACGUAAAACGUUGUGGAACAGUACAACACGAUGGAUAAACUGACCAUUAUAUCGGGGACUUUGUUUUUGGCAGCUGACAUGUUCGCAAUCGUCAGUCUGGCCAUGCCCGAUUGGAUUAUCACCGAUGUUGGAGGUGACACCAGACUCGGAUUGAUGUGGUCAUGUAUGACGCUGUACAACCGGCCCCAAGUCUGCUAUCCUCCUGACCUUCAGCUUGAAUGGCUACUUGCGCUCGUCUGCAUAUCCAUAGGGUGUAUUCUGAUAACAACCACUAUCAUACUCCUUGCAAGUUCUCAUUGGGACCGCAACGUCAUUCCUUAUGCCAGAUGGGUUGGAUUUUCAGCCAUGGUACUAUUCUGCCUGGCAGCAGUGAUCUUUCCAAUGGGUUUCCACGUGGAUGAAAUUGGCGGCCAGCCAUAUCAGUUACCGAAUUCGCAUCAGGUCGGAAUUUCUUACAUAAUGUUUGUCCUGGCAUUGUGGAUAACCGUUAUCUCCGAGCUAUUUGCAGGCAAAGUUUGCCUACCACAUUUCUAGCAUAUUCCAUUGCAUUUUCUUUUCCUCUCCUUGCUUCUUGGGAUCACGUAUUAUGCGUACAAUUACCCUAAAGGUAUAAUUAUGCAUUACUUCAAAAGUUUGGAGCCUUGAAGAAUGGGUUAGCUACUGGAGUGAUUCGUGCUUCAGAAAAAGAAGAAAAGAAGUUGUAAAAACAAAUGAAACACUGGCGCACCUGCCGCCAUAACUUAUCAUUUCAAAAACAUUCCUGAUUCUGGGAAACAAGAAGUACUACCUUGUUUACCAUUGAGUUGACUUGUUGCGUUCUUGUUGGAGGCAAGACCCUUCCAUAUUGUCUCUUCAGUAUACCUAAUUUGCUCAUAUUUUACCAGAGAUCCGUGUAUUGGCAAGCAUGAAUACUGUAACUUUUAAAUCUCUGAUGUUUGGUCUGAUUUUUUUUUUAUGCUUAUAUUAUUCUUAGUAUCAUAUGUCGGGUAUUUAAUGGGAACACUCUGUAGUAAUAAUGAUAACAUUGAUAUUAUAGUUGUCGAAAUGCUGUGCAAUUUUUAAUGAAUUUAUGGCUUCCUGUUUACGUUAUGAGAAUAUUACUUACUUCUGUUGCGAGUAGUGAUAGCUUAUAAGUAUUAUGUAAAUAUGAAAUAUUCCAAGCCUAGUUGUCCUGUAAAUGAUUCAAUAUGAUUUACUUUGCAAAACAAAUUUUGCGAGAGGAAAUUGUUGUUGUAAAAUAUUGCUUUGACAAUAAUGAGUUUCCUUAUUCUGGUUGCUUAAUGUAAGACGUUUAAAACGAGUAUAGAUUUUAUUUCAAUGCUGAAUCUUCAAACGAAUGAAAUGCUAUACCAAUAUUCCGAAAUUGUGACCAGACACAACUGUACUGGAUUAUAUAUCUUGUAAUAACUUCAUUACAAUAAUAAGGAAAGUUCACAUUCCGUCGAAUUUAUGCUAUUCAUAUAUUGAAGUAUGGAGGUAAUAUCUGGUGGGAUCUAUGACAGAUUUUUAUGGUUGCAUAUAAACAGCUUUACUUAACAUACACGUAUAAAUAACAUGUGAGAGCUCAAGUAUGGUUACACUCAUUGUCAGUGCGAGGCCUCCAAAGGCAAUCUUGUACAUAUAAUAUAUAUCUUGGAAUUGAUAUUCAUUUGGAAUCUCUACACUGUCUCGUUUAUAUCAUUUUAGAUUAGAUAGAAUUGUAUAAUAUAUUCUCUCAACUUGUGAAUUUUUAAACAAAAUAUAUUACACGACAUAAUAUUUACGUUGCAUAAAAAGCAUUGUAGUUAUGUGACAAAUACAAAUUAUGUUGUGGCUAAUAAGCAACCAAUUGUAUCUCAAUUAUCUUGAAUACAUUCUUUUAUGACUGUACAUUUAUUUAAAAUAUAUAAUAUGAUGAUAUUGUAAAAAAAAAAAAUGGAAUAAAUUUGUUAUUUCGCCAUGCAA